UUAUAAAACUCUAGUAUAUUCUUACUAUAACAAUUUGCAAAUUAGUAUUAAUGAUAAUGCACUGCAAUUUAAGGCAAAUCUAAAAAAUAAAAUAAAUCUUUGUAAAAUUCUGAAUGAUUCUCAGAUAUUGGACCAUUUUUUUCACAAAAAAUUUCCUUCCUUAAAGUGGUACUCUAAUGAAGGCUCUGAGAGUAUGAUAGCAUUUAUAAAUGAAUUAAAACAAAGUUAUCUAUCAUCCAAUACCUUAUUUAAAACUGAACUCUCAACUCAAAAUAAUGAUAAUAUCAAAUAUCUCUUCAUUUGUAUGCCACAUAGAGGAAGAAUAAAUAUUUUGCAUCAAUUUUUAAAAUUUAAAUCAGAAGCCUUGUUUACCAAAAUUUUAGGAAGCUCAGAAAUAGAUCCUAAUAUGGCUAAUUAUGGAUUAACUGGUGAUGUUUUAUCUCAUUUAUAUAAAAGAUCUAAUAUGGAAUAUUCAUGUAUUUCAAAAAAAGGUUCUUUGGAUAUCACUCUUCUCCCUAACCCUUCCCAUCUCGAAGCUAUUAACCCUGUCGCAUGUGGUUUUGUUAAAGCUCAUCAAAUCCAUCAUUCGAUUCGGGAAAAAUAUAGUGACGUCGAUGUUUACAAGGGUAUUCAUAAUUAUUUGGCGCGAACCAAUUCUCUGUUAUUGCAAAUACACGGGGAUGCGGCUUUCGCGGGGCAAGGCGUGAUUUACGAGACAUUUAAUUUAGCUAACCUCGAACAUUACGAUAUAGGAGGGUCCGUGCAUCUCGUAGUGAACAAUCAGUUGGGAUUUACCGCCGAACAUUUUCAAACACGAUCGAGCCCUUACCCUACCGAUAUAGCUAAGAUUAACGGAUAUCCAAUAAUACAUGUAAAUGGCGACUAUCCCGAAUUAGCGGCUAUCGCGGCUCAAGUAGCACUGGCUUACAGGCAAAAAUAUCAAAAAGACGUUCUAGUUAAUUUAGUUUGUUACCGCAAAUACGGGCAUAACGAAAUAGAUGAUCCAACUUUUACCAAUCCUCACAUCUACCGUAUGAUACAGGCCAAAAAAUCGGUUCCAGACAUGUACACACAAAAUCUGGUUAAUAUUCUAUCCAAUAACCACAGCGAAACUUAUAAGGAAUACUCUACUCUAGAGUAUUGGGACAAAUAUAAGGAGGAUUCUCAAAAAAAACUUAACGAUGCUUUAACAGCAGCCCGCGAUUAUGUUAAUUCGUCUACCAAGGAAAAUUUUGAUCAAGGAAAGUUUUAUGAUUACAACCUUUUAUCUCUCCCAUCGAAUGGCGGGCUUACUGAUCGACAAAUGACACCAUCGAUAUCAAAAACAGAUGUUUCUCAAUACUUUCCGUUUCAUAAUUCCGUAUGGUAUACCGGUUUACCCAUUAGCGCGUUAGCAUAUAUCGCCAAUAAAUCGGUCGAUAUACGCGCUCAUAAUGACACAUACUAUAAACAUUUUAAGCUGCAUCCUCACCUCGAAAAAGUGCAUGUUUUGCCGCGGAUAAACUUAUUUAGCAAAAGCGUCGAUGAGAUAGUUGUCGAUUGGGGUACCUCGGAAACGAUAGCACUCGGCUCGUUAUUGCUGCAAGGAAUUCAUAUUAGGUUUUCGGGACAAGACUCGGGUAGGGGAACAUUUAGUCAUAGGCAUUUCGAAUUCACGGACUACAACACGUUGAACUAUCCUAUUAUAAAUGAAGAAGUUUCAACGAAUGAUCCACUCAAGCUUUAUCAAUGUCCCGCAAAAAUAAUUCCCUUGAAUCAUAUGGUACCUAGACAGAAGGCUUUUCUGCAGAUAAUUAAUAGCCCUCUUCACGAGUUAGGAGCCCUCUCAUUCGAACUGGGAUACUCUUGGUACAACCCUCAUAAUUUAGCUCAUAAAGAAAGUUCCCGCACGCUUCCUAACCCACCUUCCACCACCAUGGUUAUUUGGGAAGCUCAAUUCGGUGAUUUCUUUAACGGAGCCCAGACGUUGAUCGAUACAUUCAUUAGCUCAUGUUACGAGAAAUGGGGUUUAAGCACUGGUUUAGUACUUUUGUUGCCUCACGGCAUGGAUGGAACCGGCCCGGAACAUUCAUCCUGCAGGGUUGAACGAUUCUUACAGCUUUCUAACGACCCUCAAUCUAUGAAAAAUUUGGGAUAUAAACAAAUUAUACAGGAUAAGAAAGAAAGAGAGCCAGAAAAAUACAUCAACUUUACUGUCGUAAAUCCUACAACUACCGCGCAAUACUUUCAUUUGCUAAGGGCUCAUGCUUGUUCUUUAAAUGAUGGUAAACUAACCGCGCCAUUAAUCGUUGUAGCCCCUAAAUUACUAAUAAGAUUCGAGGCUGCGAAAUCACGUAUCGCUGAAUUCACUGGAGACACUCAUUUCUUACCCGUUUUAGACGAUCCACGUCCAUUUCAACGCAUCACUAGAUUAGUAUUCUGCAGUGGCAAACAUUAUUACUCGCUCUUAAAUCAUGCUCCCAAUUUGAAGAAGAUGAAUUCUAAUACAGAAUCAAAUUACCUUGCCCCGGACACCGUUAAAAUUGUAAGGAUAGAACUUUUGUCCCCUUUUCCAGCUUAUCAUAUUCAAACCAUUCUAUCUAAACAUUCCCGCGAUCAUAUAGCAGAUUUAGUAUGGGCCCAGGAAGAACACAAGAAUCAGGGCCCUUGGAAUCAUAUUCAAACGAGAUUUUUAAAUUAUUUUGGUAUUCGGCUUAAAUAUGCCGGAAGAAGUGAGUCAUCAGUCCCGGCAACUGGAAUAUCCAGUUUAUUUAAAAGUCAAGAAACCGAUAUUUUAAAAGCAGCUUUUUAUAAAGAUUUGCCUUUUUAAUAAUUUAUAAUUAUUUAAUUAAUUUUAUUUAUUUUUUAAAAUAUUUAUUUAUAGCAUUAAAAUUAUUUUGAUGAUACUUGGACACAUUUUCGAAAAGUGUUGAAUAUGCAAAUACAUUAAUAUAUAUUUUUAUUUUUGAAAUAUUUUGGCUACCGAAAUCUUCCAAAAAAAAUAAAAAUGUAUCUUCAUUUCAGUGAACAAGCUAGGGGAGCAUCAUUGAAGCAGCGGGCGCUUAGCGCUCUUUGAAGCAAAAGGCCCCAUUGCUUUUCACUGUAAUUUUUGUUAAAAAAAUUAUCAAAGAAAAUUAAUAUUAAUCUUUACACUAUAUUAAAAAUGAAUGCUAUAUUUUUUUAGGUUCAGGAAACAAGUUGAAAAUUGUU